CUGUGUACGUGUUUGUUUGUUUGUGGUGGUUGGUUGCAAAUAGAUUUGUUUGUGCGUAGAAAGCGUAAAUUAUUGCAACGAAAAACGCAAAAAUCAAGAAAGGAAGAACAUAAGCAGCUUGCAAACACAAAACACAAAUUGCACUAGCAAUAAAUAGCAGCAGGCAGAAUGGACAUCAUGGACAUACAAGCUGUCGAAUCGAAGCUAAGUGACGUCACAGUGACACCAAUACCACGCUCGCAAGUACAAAACUUCUACAACUACCAACAGCAGCGAGAACAGCGCGAGCAGCAGCCCCAAAUCCAAAUAUCCGCAAUACAUCAUUCACGAACUGGCGCCGGUGGCAGCAGCAACAACAGCUCCAAUAGCAACAACAAUAAUAUGGGCGCCACCGAUUACGCGAGCAGCAGCAGCAACAGCGGCAGCAGCAAACGGGAUCGUAACAGUGCCCAGAGCAGUGCAGCUGCGACGGCAGCGGCAGCAGCAGCGGUUGCUGCCCUGCAGUAUUCGCCACAAUUUCUACAAGCACAGUUGGCACUGCUGCAGCAACAAUCAAACACCACUGCCACACCGUCAGCAUCUUCAGCAGCAGCGGCAGCAGCAGCAGCAGCGGCAGCAGCAGCAGCAGCGGCUGCGUUAUCGUUGGCCAACAUUGCAGCUGCCUCGAAUGGUCGCAACAUGACAACGUCUGGCAGUUCGGGCGGCAACACUGGCAAUGGCAACAACAGCGUCAACAUCAGCAGCAGCAGCAACAGCAACAUGAACGUUAACAAUCUUGGCUUGAAUCUCACACAAUCACAGCUCAAGUACCCGCCUCCAUCAACAUCGCCGGCCGUUGUGACCACACAGACAUCGGCGAACAUAACAACGCCCCUGACCUCCACUGCCAAUCUGCCGACGGUGGGCAGCCUAUCCGGCGGCAAUGGCUUGAGUAAGUACGCCCAGCUGCUUGCAGUCAUCGAAGAAAUGGGUCGUGAUAUACGGCCAACAUACACGGGAUCGCGUAGCUCCACGGAGCGCCUCAAGAGGGGAAUUGUCCAUGCACGCAUCCUGGUGCGUGAGUGCCUCAUGGAAACGGAGCGUGCGGCGCGCCAAUGAGAGGAGGAAUGCGGCACGCCGCAUUUAACAACGCCGGAUUAAGCACUACACUAUACUGCAUAAGCUUGGCAUUACUAGGCAUGGGCAUGGUGAAAAAUUUAGCAUUUAAGUGGGUCCAGAUUCUCCAAAUCCGAAAACAGUGUUUCCAAUUAUUUUGCUUAUCUAAUUUUGUGGCUUUUUAUUUUUUUUUAUUUGCUUGCUUCCAUCUAGAAUUUAUGUAGAUCUAAGUUGAAAGAUGUCAAAAAAAAUUCAUAUAUUCCGUUAAACACAUUUUCAGUCAAAGAUAUAUGUUAAACUUUUUCCAAAAACGAAAUGUAUACACUUACUGCCCAUUUGCAAUCAAAGAUCUAAGUGAAACAAAUUCAAAAAAUUUUCUUUUUUUUCUAUCAAAGAUCUAAAGACAAUUUUAUUUGUUUAGCCCAUUUUCAUACAAAGAUCUAAGUUAAAAAAGUUUAAAAGAGUAAAGAUAUCCUGUUCAGCUCAUUUACAAUCGACAACUGUCAAUCAAAGUUCAACUCAAAAAUUUCGUUUGCCUUUUUUCAAUCAAAGAUCUAAGCUCUAAGAACUCUACAAAAGUUAUAAAAGUUUAAAACCAUUCAGUUUACAUAUUUAACUAUGCUUAUUUUCGCUAUGCCUACUUAAGUAACGAGUAAAUGUAACAAGUGUCGAAAUAUUUAAUUAGUCACUUUACGUUAUCGUUCACUUUUACUUAAUACGCCGUCAUUUUAUUAUUUAAGCUCAUACUUUUAAUAUAAAAUAUUACAUAAAUGUCAUAAUUAAACAAUAGUAAAAUUGUAUGAAUAUGUUUUGUUUUUGUUAGUUUCUUUUGUUUCCUUUAAAUAAAAAAUAUAUAUAUAUGGAUAUUUAUAUAUAUAUAUUCUACAAAACAGGCAAAUUGUGCCGCCGGACCAUAGUUAAAAAUGUUUAGACUAGCUCAGGUUAUACAAGUUAUAUGUAUAUUGUAUACGAGUAUGUAUGUAUGUAUACAAAAAUAUGAAGUGAAAGCGAGAUAGCUUCAACUUUUACACACAACAAAAAUAUACAUGCAUAUAUAAUUAUAUAUAUAUAUAUAUAUAUAUAUUUGAAUUUAUGUAGAACUCUAUAUAUAUAUAUAUAAGUAUAGGUCUAAGUUUGCACCUGCUAAAUGACGCUUAUACGCGUUUAUUUCAAUGUGUGUGUGUGUGUCUGUAUUGAUGUUGUACAGCUUUAAGUAGCAUACUGCUCCCAAUUACUCAAUAUGUAUACUAAAGCUCUUUAUAUGUAUAUAGAGUUAUAUACCUAGAUCAUUGUGUACAACUAAUCACAACACUGGACAAGUUCAGUUCAGUUACGUGAAGUGUAUAGAAAUCUUAAAAGUUAUUUUAGAGAACUAUACAAACAUAUGAAAAAAUAUAUAUAUUCAAAACGUCUGGCUAAUACAUAAAACGAGAGGCAUACCUAAAUAUAUAUACAUAUACAUAUAUAUUUUAGUUAUAUGUCUAAGUUCAAACAUGUAUGUAUACCAAACCAAAAUCGAAUAAAGAGAUAUAUUGGUUUUA